UUAUUUUAUUAUAAUUAAUUUGUUUAGAUUUUCUUUAAAAAAGUAAAAUGAAAUAAAACUUACAAACUAAAGAAAUAUUACUAAAAAUCUUUAUUGAUGGUGAGCCCUUGAUUGGAAAAUAAACUUUAAUUAAGCGAUUUAUUGAUGAUGAAUUUGUUUAAUUGAAUUAUAUGGAUAAACUUUUAGAUUUUAAUAUCUACAAAACAGAAUAAUAUAAUUAAAAGUUGAAAAUAAUGAUCUUUUCUUAUAGAUAGCAAGGUUGUAGAUUUAAAGUAGUAACUAAGUAGUAUCAUUAAGACUCUACUACUCAUAUUUUUGCUUAUGAUAUCACAAACAGAGACUCUUUUGAUAUUUUACAGGAAAGAAUACAAUCAUUCAUGAAAUAAGAAUUUUCAAAAAAUAUGAUUGUUUUUCUUAUAGGACUAAAGAAAGAUCUAUCUGAUUAAAGAUAGGUAUAAAUAAAUGAAGCAAAAUAGAUUGCUGACUCAUUUGGGAUGAAUUUUUUUGAAAUCUCUUCUAAAUAGAGGAUUAAUGUAUUUGAAAUGUUCGAUCUUGCAAUAAGAGAAUCUCUAGAAAGAUUUUAUUUAUAAAAGAAUCCAUGAAAUUAUAAAUAGAUAUAUACAAAGCUUUUAUAACUUAGCUAAAAACUAUUACUUAGAUUAGAAGUAUAUUUCAAUUUAAAGACAGACUGGUCUGAAACGAAAUC